GCAGAGGUGGGUGCAGAGCUGGAGUCAAGUCAUGGCAGCAGCAGCAUCUCUCAACGCCGUGCUUCUGGUAUCAUGCUGUUGCAGUGCAGCGCAAGGCCUUUGCCUCGGUGCGAAUCCAGCAGGUUGGCAAAGGAAACAACAACACUCUUGGCCGAACCAGCAGGGGGUGCGGCGACAUCAACCGCAGCAGCGGAAGCUUCAGCAUCAUCCACUAUACGCGCGCAACCGCCGACGCGCUGCCUUACCGCUUGCUGCCGCCUCCGACGGCGGCAGUGGAAGCAACAGCGACAGCAUAAGACCUGAGACGACGGCAGGGUUCGGGUCUCGAGCAAGCCGCCGCAGCAAGAAAGGCAGAAUAAACAAGAAUACCGACAGCAAGGGUGGGCUCGCUACCGCUCCAGCAGUCGUUUUGUUGAAACGAUCGAGUCGGUGGGCGUGCGUGAAGAACUGUGGGGCCUGCUGCUACCUCGCCCCAGACGAGAGGCCGGACUUGGCGGAAUACCUCCCAGACCCGGAGGAAUUUGACUUGUACAUGUCCAUGACGGGCAGCGACGGCUGGUGCAAGCACUUCGACAAGGAGAGCAGGGCGUGCACCGUCUACAGCGACCGGCCGCGCUUCUGCCGGGUGGAGACGGAGACGUUCGGGAGCAUGUACGGGGUGGAACCCGAGGACAUGGACGACUUUUGCUCGUCGUGCUGCAACGAGCAAAUAAGCGACGUUUACGGAGCAGAGAGCAAAGAGUUGCGGGUUUUCAACGAGGCCCUCGCGGCGCUGGAGAGAGGGGAGCGGCCAAAGCCAGACCUGAGCGCGUUUGGCGGCGACCUUAGGGGACAGGGAGAGGGGCAGAUUCGAGACUGGGGCCUGGAGGAGGAUAGAUAG